UGCGAAAAACUUGUGGUAAGUAAUCAAUCAAUCAAAAACCUUUUUGUUAUCCUCUAAUGGCUUCCUCUUCUCUACCACUCUCUCUCCCACUCCCUCUCCGAUCUCGUGGCAUCACUCGACCUCUAACCUUCAGACACUCCCACCAUCUCUUUCUCUCUCUUCCCUCUUCCAUCGUUUGCCUCUCCACUCAAAACCCCUCCUCAGGCUACGACCGCGAAGAGUCCCGGUGGGUCCGGGAAGAGCAGAGGUGGAUUCGCGAGGAGCAAAGAUGGCUUCGCGAGGAACAACGCUGGACACGAGAGCGUGAAACGCUUCUACAGGAGAUCGCGGAUCUCCAGCUCCGAAUCCAAACCCUAGAAUCUCAGUCUUCGGUUCCAGAUACGAUAUCGAACAUAGCUGCUCUGCUUCAGGUUCUCAAGGAGAAGAAUCGAAUUGCUGAGAGCGGGUCAAGCGCAACGCCGAUGGUGUUGGAGAACACGAGAGAGCUCAAGGAGGAGGAAGAAGAGGAAGUGGUGGUGGAGAAGCAGGUGGUUGCUGAGGAGAAGAUUAGGGUUAAGAAGAGGGUGACAUUGAAGGUGGGAAGCGAAGGUGAAGAGGUUCAAGCAAUGCAGGAAGCUCUGCUAAAAUUAGGAUUCUAUUCGGGUGAGGAGGACAUGGAGUUUUCCAGCUUCUCAAGUGGGACUGCAAGUGCUGUUAAGACUUGGCAAGCAUCACUUGGUGUCCGUGAGGAUGGGAUAAUGACAGAAGAGCUCCUUCAGAUGUUGUUCAUGGAUCAAGAUGUAAAGACAGAUAUGGAUGAAGCAAAUACAAUAAAGCAAGAGACCAAGGAAGCUGGUAAUGGAGCAGUAAAGACACAAGUCUCUGAGAAGCAACAGACAACCAUAAAAGAUCAAGGUAACAGAGGAAAUGAGGUUUCUCAACAUCGAGUUUUCCUUCUCGGAGAAAACAGAUGGGAAGAUCCCACCAGGCUCAACAAACCGAUUAACACAAGUGAAUCUACAGAUACCAUAAAGAAGUGUGUCACUUGUCGAGGGGAGGGUCGAUUGAUGUGCCUAGAGUGCGAUGGAACCGGUGAACCGAAUAUUGAGCCACAGUUUAUGGAACUGGUUGAUGAAGAUGCCAAGUGUGUGUACUGUGAAGGUCUUGGCUAUACAGUUUGCGAUGUCUGUGAAGGUAAAACAGCCGUAUAAUCAAGGUUCAUGUUUUUAAUAUACAGACACACAUUUACUUAUCUGUAAUAAAAUCAUAUAUAUGUUUUGUUAUGACCACAAUAAUGUACAAACAACCCUUCUGUAUAUCAGCUGGUAAUCUUUGUAUUAGGCUUGUUAUAAAGCAGAGGUCUUGUCCA